AUGUUUCAAUAUUUAUUAAGACCAAGAAGGCAUUGUAUUAUACUAGCUCAUAGAACAGUUCUAUUCAUUCCAACAAAAACAAUUACUUAUGAAAGACGUAUGCGACAAUUGUAUGAUGAUGGAAUAGAUUUAAAGCAACAGACUGUAGAAAUGAAUCCAAUAGACCAUACUCGUCGAUGUUCACUUCAUAAAAAUGAUGACAUUUGGACUUUUUAUAAGGCAAAUCAUCCGCGAGUGCUAACACUUGGUGAUGCUCUCAAUGAAGGUCAUAUUAACUCAAACGAUGGACCCUGUGUAGGCAUUCUUCAAUCAUCAAAUGAUAUCGGUUCCUUACAAUGGCUUUCUUAUUCCCAAGUUAUGGAAAAAUGUAGACGAAUUGGUUCUUAUUUAUGGAUAGAAACAAAACUUACGCCAAUGCAAUCAAAAGUAGCUAUUUUGUCGUCAAAUCGUGCUGAAUUUUUAUUUGUUGAACAAGCAUGCUAUCAAUAUGGAUUUAUCGUUGUUGGCAUCUAUACGACGUACGACUCCAAAAAUAUUUUAAAGGUUCUUCAAGAUACUCAAGCUGAGGUACUUGUUGUUGACAAUUUAGAACGUAUUCAAACGUUUAAAGAUGAUUUAUUGAAUAAUAAUCAGAUUAAAGAGAUACUAGUCAUGGAUGAUGGAGACUAUGGUGAGAAUAGUAAAAUUCGAUCGGUACCAACAAUAAUUAAAUCAAUAAACAAUAGUGAUAUACGCGAGCGUCCAAUAGUCGAUCCAGAUAGUAUUGCUUCACUGAUAUUAACAAGUGGAACAACAGGAGAACCAAAACUUGCAAUGAUUUCACAUGAAAAUCUAUUAGCAGCAGUUAAAGCUAAUCUUAUUCGUUUGGAUCGACAAAAUAUGAAAAGACCAAUUACUAAUAUUCAUUGUUCAUUUCUACCUGCGGCACAUGUAUUUGAAAAAUUUGUUAUCUUUCAAAUUCUAUUAAAAGGCACAGCACUGGUAUUUUGUCCAGCACCUGAAAACCUAGUCGAAUAUUUAUCUAUAGUAAAACCAACACAAGCUUCUGUUGUACCACGUGUUCUCAAUAAAGUCUAUGAUGCAAUCGUUAAGGAUGUUAAUAAAAGUGCAAUAAAAAAAUAUCUUGUUCAACAAGCAUUACGUGAACAACCACCGUUUUUAUCACAUUUCGUCUUUCGAAAAGUACGAGCUUUAUUUGGUGGUAAAUUACAGGGAAUAAUAACAGCAUCAGCUCCAAUGAGACCAGAUGUGAUGCAUUUUUUUCGUAUUGCACUGAAUAUACCUAUAAUAGAAGGAUAUGGACAAACUGAAACAUGUACAUCUGGUACCAGUACAAAUCCAAUUGAUAUGUCGUAUGGUACAAUUGGUUCGCCUGGGCCGAGUGCAGAAAUAAAAUUAAUUGAUGUAUCAGAUACAAACUAUCGUUCUGACAAUAAUCAAGGAGAAAUUUGCAUACGGGGUCCAGCUAUUUUUAAAGGUUAUUAUGGUGAUGAAGUCAAGACAAAAGAAGCCAUUGAUCAAGAUGGCUGGUUGCAUACAGGUGAUAUAGGGGAAUGGACAACUAAUGGAGCACUACGUAUUAUUGAUCGUGCAAAACAUAUAUUCAAAUUAAGCCAAGGAAAAUAUAUUGCACCAGAACGCCUUGAAGACAUCUAUGUUCGUUCUCCAUGGAUAGAACAAAUCUUUAUUGAUGGUAUUUCUACUGAAGUGACUAUUGUGGCUAUUGUAAUACCGGAUGAGCAGUAUGUGCGCAAGAACUUUCAAGCAAUAGAUACUGAAACAACAUUUGCCGAUUUAUGCAUGAAUAAAAAACUAAAAGAUAUUAUUUUAUCUGAUUUAAUAAGAUUAGCAAAAAAACACAAACUUGAAAUUUAUGAAACAUUGAGCAAUAUUCAUCUUCACUCUGAACUGUUUACGCAAAGCAAUGGACUUAUUACAGGAACGUUCAAGACGCGGCGAAACACCGCUCGAAAAUAUUUUCAAUCCAUUAUUAAAUCACUCUAUCAAGCUGAUCCAACAGCUAUGGCAAGCAAGGUUUCAGGAAAAUAA